AUGGAUGAAUUCAAAGAAAAAAAUAUGUGUUUACAGUUUUACAAUUAUCUUUGCGAAAAAAUUGGCACAGAAGAGUUAUUUCGACUUCGCCAGAAAUAUUAUCUGCUCUUUGAUUUUUUACUAAUAGGCAGACAUGAAAUUGUUUUAAAUAGUGGCAGUAAAUCAGAGGGAUUAGAACUCGAAGGAAGUGACAUAGAUGUAAUGUUUCUGAGUCGGGAUAUCACAGUUUUUGAAAACGAGGCUCAUUGCAGAAAGAAAAGGCCCAACGUUUUUAUAAUGAACACACAAGACAUCAAACCAGGAUUUACUAUUCUAAAAUUGAGCAAAUCGUCAUUCAUACCUAAUGGUAGUAAUACAUUUCGUUAUUCGGAUAUAUGGGAGAAAGACAUUGUAUUGUCGAACGUGAAAGUAAAGCAAUUUUUAAAAUCAGAAAAUAAAGCAUUUGAUUUUGUACAUGGACCAUGUAUUACUAAUAAGGACUACACACGUGAUUAUGUAUUUUGCUUUAGAUGUCCAACUUGGAUUGGACAAGCUCGAAAAUUAAGAGGAAAAAGCCGGUUAUGGCCAUGUCCUAGCGUUGUUGACAAUAUAGAAAGGUGUGGGACAUUGUUUGUUCCUAUUGGUAGCAAAACAUCUGUAACGGAAGAGUUUGAAUGGCGGAUUUCCUUUUCUGUUGCUGAAAAGCUGCUUAUAUAUUCUUUCAGUCACACGCAAAUGCUCUGUUAUGCGUUGUUAAAAAUCAUGUUAAAAGAAAUAAUUGAAACAUAUACUAAUUCAAAGGGAAUAUUAUGUUCCUAUUUCUUAAAAACUGUUGUCUUUUGGGUUUCAGAAGAAUACAGUGGUGACAAAUGGCAACCUCAUAUGAUUAUCCCAUGUUUUAUGGCGUGCCUAGCGAGACUUGUAUAUUGUGUCGAUCAUUCUUAUCUUCCUCAUUAUUUUAUACCAGAAAUAAAUUUAUUAGACGAUAAAUUAUUUUCCAAUAAAGCAACUGAGCUCAGGCACUUGUUAAACGAGUUUUAUGGAAUAGGGCCACAGUUUUUUACGUAUUCAAAAACACUUUCUAACCGUGUAGAGCGUCAUCUUUCUUCGUUUAAUAUUAUAAACAACUUUAAUACGUUAUACCAUCUUAAUAAAAAGUAUGGUAUUGAAAUGAGAAGCAUAUGUUAUUGUGAACGCUGUUCUAAUAAUACGUUCAGUAAGAUUUUAAAACUCUCAACCAAAAGGCAUAAUCCAUUGAAUUUAAAUGUUUAUAUUUUUCGAAUAUGUCAGAUAGCUGGAAAUUCGAACGAAAUUACAGGAAUAGAUUUAUCCUUGAACAAGGUAUUUUACAAAAUCCACAAACAACGUUUCCCAUGUAUAAUACUUGGUUUGAAUACAGAUGCUGCCUCUGGAUGGCUAUAUCUUGCCACGUACCUAUUCACUCUCCAGCACUUCUCUGUAUCUCUGAGCAUUGUCGAUUAUGCCUUAUCUAAGUGUACUCCCGACAAACUGUACUGCUUUAAUGAUCAUCUACAUUAUGAACAACUAGAUUACACAGGGCAGCAAUCGUUGAAAUAUGGAUGUCUUGAUAUUAGUUCUAUUUAUAGAAGACACAACGAUAGAGCCAUCCUACAAACAAUCCCAACAACACCACAUCCAAGCAUUCACCAACCAACACCCACUAAUAACAUCAAAACACCCUUCACAUGGCAUGCACGACUUGUGGAAAUUUUCGAAGAUCGUACAUUCUAG